UACCCCAGCUGAACCCGCGCGAUAUUUCCCAGAUUCCACGAGAUUUUCAGAUCGCUGGGACAAUAUGGCGGAGGGUGAGAGUCUGGAAUCAUGGCUCAAUAAAGCCACUAAUCCUGCAAACCGUCAAGAGGAUUGGGAGUACAUCAUCGGCUUCUGUGACCAGGUUAACAAGGAACUGGAGGGGCCACAGAUUGCUGUCAGGUUGCUGGCUCAUAAAAUCCAGUCUCCUCAGGAGUGGGAGGCAGUGCAAACCCUUACAGUAUUAGAAGCUUGUAUGAAGAACUGUGGCAGGAGAUUUCACAAUGAAGUUGGAAAAUUCCGAUUCCUGAAUGAAUUGAUCAAAGUAGUAUCUCCAAAGUAUUUGGGAGACAGGGUAUCUGAAAAGGUCAAAACAAAAGUGAUUGAAUUACUGUACAGCUGGACGGUUGCUCUGCCAGAGGAAAUCAAAAUCAAAGAUGCCUACCAGAUGUUAAAGAAACAAGGUGUAUUGCAACAUGAUCCUCAGAUCCCAGUUGAUAAGACCCUGAUUCCCUCACCCCCAACUCGUCCGAAAAAUGCGGUAUUUGAAGAUAAUGAAAAAUCUAAGCUCUUAGCCAGGUUACUGAAGAGCAAAAACCCAGUGGACCUUCAAGAAGCUAACAAACUCAUUAAGAAUAUGGUGAAAGAGGAUGAAGCCCGAAUGCAGAAAAUAACAAAGCGUUUGAACACUCUGGAGGAGGUGAACAAUAACGUACGGCUUUUGAAUGAAAUGCUGGCUCAUUACAGCAAAGAAGAAUCGUCAGAAGGGGACAAAGAGCUGAUGACGGAGUUGUACGAACGAUGUGAGAAGAUGAGACGGACAUUGUUCAAACUUGCAAGUGAGACUGAGGACAAUGACAACAGUUUAGGUGAGAUUUUACAAGCCAGCGAUGACCUUUCACGAGCGAUAAACUCCUACAAAAAGGUGGUUCAAGGACAGGCUGUAAAUGGGGAGCUUGACCUGCCUGAACUUACAAGACCAUCAGUGAAUAGUGGAGCCACUAACACGGAGACCCUAAUCGAUCUGGCUGGACUGGAUGUUCCCUCGGAAAAGGCUUACCCCACCAUCUCGCCAGUAUUCCCCAUUAUUCCACCUCCACCACAAGCCUCCAAUGAUCCUGGCUCCCGAACUGCCAGCCUGUCAAACGUGGCCAAGCAACCUCCCAGUUCUGUUGGACUGCUGGAUGUGGAGCUGCUUUCACUGGGACUGAAUGACCCUCCAUCAAGUUCUGAGAUUGACAAAGACUCUGGAGAGUCUCUGUGGAACAACUUUCAGGUUGAACCCUCUGCCCUCAACCCCUUUGCAGGGCCGCCAGCUGCUGAUGGACCAGUUUCCUCCAUCACUCCUCUGCUGCAGUCUGUACCUCGAACAUUAAACCAGUCUCCAGCUCAGUGCCUCCUGCCGUUCUCUGGGGUAUCUCAAGCUCCACGUGCAGCAGCAGUUCCUUUGCUUAUGAACGCUGCCACCAUUGUCCCUCAGUCUAACCCAGUCUCCGUGUUUCCGAUGCCACCACUGGAGCCCCGGAUUCCAGGUGCUUUGCUCCAUUCCAGCUCCUGUUCCCAAACGACAUUCAGCAGCAGUAUGCAGGAGCUGGAUAUGCUUGGUCAGAAGGUUCUAGAGGAGGUCAAAAGUGCUUCUGGUAUGGCGGGGAUUGUCCCUGGGGCACCAGCAGGCAGUGGGUACAGUACACCCUCUGCGGCCCCCAGCAGUCCCCUGUUCCGCUCUCUCUCCCCUCAGCCAUCCAGUCCUCUCCGAAGUGCUUUUCCAGAAAUGUCACUGAGCAACGUGACAGUUCCUCUGGAGACAAUUAAACCAAGUAAUGUCCACCCUGUGACUGCGUAUGACAAGAAUGGUUUCCGGAUCCUCCUGCACUUUGCGAAGGACUGUCCUCCUGCGAGAUUGGAUGUGCUUGUGAUUGUCAUCUCCAUGAUCAGCACCUCAUCCCUGCCCAUCACCAAUGUGCUUCUGCAGGCUGCUGUACCCAAGACAAUGAAAGUGAAGCUGCAACCUCCAUCGGGAACAGAUCUUGCUCCAUUCAAUCCUAUCCUGCCUCCAGCUUCUAUUACCCAGGUUAUGUUACUGGCAAAUCCUCUGAAGGAGAACGUCAAACUGAGAUACAAGCUAACUUUUACAAUGGGACAGCAGUUGUGCUCAGAGAUGGGUGAGGUGGACCAGUUCCCCCCAGCUGAAAAAUGGGGAUGUCUUUGACCCUUCACUAUCGCUCAUAGUUUCAAAUACGCCAAACACCUCCAUAUGCUUGAAGCACUUGGAUCGCCUAACUGAAGCACUGUGCCAUCUGAUUGCAUCUGGAACUGAUGAAGGAACAAAUUGUAACCUGGGUCUGUGGUCCAUGUCUGUAGCAGGCAGGGCUUGGAAUCUGGCAUUUGACUUUGCUGUUUUGUUGCACAGCUGAACUUUACACACUUGUACUCAAAAUCACUCCAAAUCUGCUCCUUAUCAGAGGCUUCUAUUACUAUUACGAAAGGGUCAAUUAAUGUUGCAGUGAUCAGCUAGAAACUUCAUUAAGCGACUGGUUGAAAUUGCAGCUCAUGUUAGAUCCUCACUCUGGCUGAGUUUCCUAAACAUCAAGGCUUCCUCAUUGGAAUUCUCCAAGCAACCUAGGUUCCUGCUCUUGAUCGCCAUUCAGUGACCCUGGCUGGAAAUGUGAAUGUCCAGACACCAAAUGGAGGACCGGUGUUGGACUCUGCUGUGAUAAUCGCUGCCUUGGGACACUCCUGAGGAAAAGCAGCACUCGCGGGACAGUGAAAUAAAAUUUUUAAAUGCUGGGAAGACUCAGCAUCUGUGGCAAGGGAAACAAAUGCUUCAGCUUGAUGAUAUUGUAUGAGAGCUGGACAUAAUAUGAAAUAACAGAUUUUAAACAAGUUACAAAAGCAAAGAAAUAGGAAGAAGGGAGGAAAGAAUAAAAGGAACACAGUCUAUGAGAGGGUCAAAAGCAGGAAAGACUAAAUGUCUAAAGGGACGAUACUGCAAGACCAAAAGAGAUGGUAAUGGAUCAAGUAAAGAAAAAGCUGAAUUAUCACUAAGUUGCUUGUGAAACAAAUGGGUCAUAAUCUGAAAUUGUUGUACUUAGUGUUGUGUCUGGAAAGCUUAAGUGUCUAAUGAAAAGAUGGAGUAUUAAUCUCAAGCUUCCAUUUAACUUCAUUGAAACAAUAUGCAGGAUGGAGAAUAAUUUCUGCUCAGGUGGUCAGAGUCACCCUCACACUUAAUGGUGUUCCCAAAGCAUUCAUCCUACCUGAAUUCAUCGUCCCUGCUGGAGAAGACCACAGUCUAGGAACAAACCUUAUUAAUACGGAGAAACAAGAGCCAUUAGAGCUGCUAUGGCACUGAACUUGGUAUAGAGGUCUGAGGUUGUAUCAAUGUUCUCUAUCAUUCACAACGAUGAUACAGCAGGUGAUGGCAAUGAUUGCGACAGGAGUCUGUCAACUUAAAACUUCUGUUCAAACCACUUGUUAUUUACACUGUCCCUCCCCAUCAAUAGGGAAAAUCUCUCACCCAAUUUCUACCCUCCAUUCUGUUAAAAUUCCAUCCUGUUUUUCCUUCCUGGUAUCCCAGUGGCUUCACCUGAAUAACUAUGAACUGCCUGUAGUUUAUUCACCAUUGCAGUCUGUUAAUGAGCCCCAAGUAUCUGAAAAGCCCUUUAUUCCCUUGCUCAGCUGAGUACAAACAUCUAGUAGUAUGAUUAAUUAUCAGAUUAGUACCUGGGGCAUCUUCACCUAAGAGUGCAUCCUGCUGAGGGGCUGCAGAAGUGACCCGGUCAACUGCAUAGUUGGAAACUGAGAGUCAAGCCCCUGUGGAGUAGGACAUCCUCAAACCACUGCAGCUUUGGGACUGAUCUAUUUUCACAGCUUUCCAUAGCUCAACUGAUUUGUGAAGCACUCAAUUCCUCCAUGCUGAUCUAAAUGCAACCUUUUACCACUUUUAUAAAGCUGACAUAUUAAUCCUUCUGGUCUUUUUGCUGUAACUCAGUUGAAAUUGAUCAUCUUCCUCCUCAAAUGAGACACUGUACAUUCCGUUUUCUCCACUGAAUGCUUUAACUAUUUGGGUAGCUGGAUAUCUCACUGGUGUCAGUGUUUGGCUGUGAUCAGCCUUUCGCUGACUUAAGUGUCUCCAAUAUUCAGUUGUCUUUUCUCAGUGCUUGUGUUGUCCAGUGUUAAUUGUCAUUCAAGAAGAGAGCAUGCACUAAUACAAACAACUCUGCUUCAGUCUCUUCUUCCCUAGUCCCUCCAAUGCCCAGAGUCUAACACUCAGCACAAGCUGCCAUUUUUGCACAGCAUUUGGUCAAUUAAGAUGUGACUUCCAGUGCAGUCAUGUGUUGUUGCUGCUGCUUUAUAUAAUGUAUUUAUUGUUCAAAAUCAAAAGACUUUAUUCCUGAACAUAUCGCUCUAUAUCCAGCACAGUUUCUGCUCAGAAUUUAAAAACUGUAAUUUGUAAAUAUUUAAGGUGUGUUAUUAUUUGCACGAUUGAAAUAAAGUCGUUUCAUUUUA